UUCCGGCCAGUGCUGGAGUCUCCCGCGCGCGCGGCGACCUGGCGUGUGAUAGAGUUUAAAGGAGCUGGACCGGGCUACCGGAAACAGAAGCUUCCUCCUCGGUCUCGUGGCCCGGAAGCAGCCGUAAGGCUUAUACCGAGGAGGCGCUCGCCAUGUCCCUCAUCUGCUCCAUUUCUAAUGAGGUGCCUGAGCAUCCUUGCGUGUCUCCAGUCUCCAACCAUGUCUACGAGCGCAGACUGAUUGAAAAGUAUAUUGCAGAGAAUGGGACUGACCCAGUCAACAACCAGCCACUAUCUGAAGAGCAGCUGAUAGAUAUCAAAGUUGCCCACCCAAUUCGGCCAAAGCCACCUUCUGCUACUAGUAUUCCAGCCAUUCUGAAGGCGCUUCAAGAUGAAUGGGAUGCUGUCAUGCUGCACAGUUUCACGCUACGCCAGCAGCUGCAGACCACACGCCAGGAGCUGUCUCACGCACUGUACCAGCAUGAUGCUGCCUGUCGUGUCAUUGCCCGUCUCACCAAAGAGGUCACUGCUGCAAGAGAAGCUUUGGCAACUCUGAAACCCCAGGCUGGCCUCAUUGUUCCCCAAGCUGUACCUUCUUCACAGCCCAAUGCUGUGGGUGCUGGUGAACCAAUGGAUCUAGGAGAGUUGGCAGGAAUGACCCCAGAGAUUAUCCAGAAGCUUCAAGACAAAGCCACGGUGCUGACCACGGAGCGUAAGAAGAGAGGGAAGACUGUGCCGGAGGAGCUGGUGAAGCCAGAAGAAUUAAGCAGGUACCGGCAGGUGGCUUCACAUGUGGGACUGCACAGUGCCAGCAUCCCUGGUAUCCUGGCUCUCGACCUGUGUCCUUCCGACACCAACAAGAUCCUCACAGGUGGAGCUGAUAAAAAUGUUGUUGUCUUUGACAAGAGCUCAGAGCAAAUCCUGGCGACUCUGAAAGGUCACACCAAGAAGGUCACCAGCGUAGUGUUCCACCCAUCCCAGGAACUAGUGUUUUCUGCUUCUCCAGAUGCCACUAUCCGGAUCUGGUCAGUUCCCAGCGCUUCGUGCGUGCAGGUUGUGCGUGCCCAUGAGAGUGCUGUAACAGGGCUGAGUCUUCAUGCCACAGGCGAUUACCUGCUGAGCUCCUCUGAUGACCAGUAUUGGGCCUUUUCUGACAUCCAGACUGGCCGUGUUCUCACCAAGGUCACAGAUGAAACUUCUGGCUGUGCUCUCACCUGUGCUCAGUUCCAUCCUGAUGGGCUUAUUUUUGGGACAGGAACAAUGGACUCUCAGAUUAAGAUCUGGGACUUGAAGGAACGGACCAACGUAGCAAACUUCCCAGGACACUCUGGCCCUAUAACUAGUAUUGCCUUCUCUGAGAAUGGCUACUACCUGGCCACUGCUGCUGAUGACUCCUCUGUCAAACUAUGGGAUCUACGCAAGCUGAAGAACUUUAAGACUCUGCAGCUGGACAAUAACUUUGAGGUGAAGUCUCUGAUAUUUGACCAGAGUGGCACCUAUUUGGCCCUGGGUGGCACUGAUGUCCAGGUGUACAUCUGUAAACAAUGGACAGAGGUUCUCCAUUUCACAGAGCAUAGCGGCCUGACAACAGGAGUAGCCUUUGGGCAUCAUGCUAAGUUCCUAGCUUCAACAGGCAUGGACAGAAGCCUGAAAUUCUACAGCCUGUAGCCUCUGCUUCCAGGAUGUCAACGGAGGAACCUAUUCUUUGCUGUAGUGUUACGAUAUCGGGGCAAGUGUGGGGUGUAUGGGUGGGUGGGAACGAGUGGGAAAUGGGGUACAUCAUAGCUUUUUAUCUCAGUUCAGGUUGCCUGUAGAAAGGGAACGUUGAGCCCUGUGCUAAGUGGAUUUGUUUUCCCUCUUCCAUAUUUGUUCUAUCCCAGCUUUGUCUGUGCUGUGAUUGUAACAAUAUAGAGCCAAACCCAUCCAGUGUUGACCAUCCAGUGAGGGGUGGUGGCAGGGAUGAGGAUGGAGACAGGGAUGGGGAGAUGUGCAGGUUUUUGUAUGCAGCUCUCUAGUUUCAUUAAAAAAAGAAUAUUCAACUAAA